AUGCACCCCCUCCUCCGACAGAUCCUUUUUCCGAUCUUACCUGCACCCCCAGUUGAUGAGGUUCCGUAUAUUCCGGAGCCAUUUGUGCCUGAUGAGGCCAUUGCAUUUGAGCCUAUUGUCCCGGAUUCUGCUGUUCCGGAGUCGGGUAUUCUGCAGACUGGAUCGCCAUAUAUGGAUUUUGAUCCAUUUCAUUACUUGACACUGAUACCCUUUUCCAGUGCUGAUCUGCCUCUUUGGGAGCCGGCCCCAGCGACAGCGCCAUUGUUAUUACCUCCUACAGAGAUUAUACCACCUAUUCCAUCUCCGAUGCCUUGGACCGAGUAUGUGCCUUUUGACCCUUAUCCGAGGGUUACUCCUCUACCUGAGCCUGGCACCUUUGAGUUUCAGCUUUACAUGCAUCCUAUUCUAUACCCACCAUCCAGAGAUGCACAGGAGGGACCGUCUCGUCCGAUUCCGAUUGAUAGUGAUGAUGAGGACCCAGACGAGGAGACGCCAGAGAUGACAGUGGGGCAUGGACAGACCCGACCACUACGACGUCGGACCACUGCUGAUGGAGUCGAUGUAUGGGAGCCUAUUCCGGAGCCACCUGUUUGUUAUCCCGAUGGUAGACACAGAUGUUGA